GGAUUUGCCUGGAAACUAUGAUAGAGCUUUGCUGUCUUACCUUGUGUUUCCCUAAACCGUGGUGCUUCACACAAAUUACAGUCCCGACAAAGGGAUGCGGUUUGGAGCUUUAGCACAAACCGAAACUCUGCUAAUAGAGUCGUUCUUACGAAGAUACCUAAGACAGCUCACUGUACGGUCCGCGAAGGACUGGGGGCUACCCUUGCCGAGGAUUUGGACACACAGAGUGGACGCGAACUGCUGCGCAGACUCUACAUGUGGGCGUCCAGCUAUGUAGAAAUAACUUAUCGAAAUUCUACUCUCUAAUCAAGGCGACUCGUGGACGACGCCACCGCCGCCGUGCGGCGCCCGUGGCGCCGUGCCGGUGGCGGUUGUGCACGGUGAAGGUGGUGUGGGGACGGCGGCAAAAGCCGCCGUCUAACUUCAGCCGCUGCCCGUGCCUGCUUGGUUCAUAUACUAGGCGUUAGAAGGGGGAGCAACAGCAGCAACAAUCAUUGCGCCCAUAAGCAAGGGCUGAUAGCAAGGACAAACGCACGCAGCAGCAUUGACCGCCUGACACGCUGACAAAACCGCAGUCAGGCGGCGACCAGUGAACGGGUUUAUGUACGACCUGCCCGCGCUUCCAGGGGCCCUUCUGGCGCUGGAUCCUCUCACGGGGAUGGGCCCUGGAGCUUGGGGAUCUGGGUUGCCAGCCACGUCAGCAUCUCAACAGCAAGCAACCGCCUUCCGCAAGCCCGUGCUGCUGCAGGCGCAGACCUCUUCAAUGGCCACGGGAGGGUCAGCUGGAGGCAGCAAUAAUCGAAGUAACGGCAAUGGCGCAGCGCAGGCGCCACGAAGGGUGGAAGUGUCUUCUCGUGUCACCUCACUUGUAGCAGCGCAGCCGAUGGGCAUGGAGCCCGCGGUUAACGGCUUUGGCAACCCGUUCAUGGCUGGUGCUGGGCCGGUCACGGCUGCUGAUGCUGACAGCAUGAAUCCGGCGGCGCAUGGGUUCGACGUUGACCAGGCGUUACCGUGCAUGGUGCCGGACCCGCAGAACCCCGUGGCUAUGCCAGCCCCACUCGGGACCUCCCGCAGGAACAGCCAGCUGUACUUACAGCAAACAGACGCCUUGCAACAGGAGGAGCAGCAAUACCACCACCCGUCUGCAGCCCUAAUGCGGCCUGCAGGAGUCAGGGCUUCAGGGGGGCUGGAUCAGGACAUCCAUGACUGCGGUAUCCCCGGCAGUGAUGGUGGGGCUGGGGCCGGCCACAGUGGCGGGGGCGCCGUGGUGAGCAGCCAGCGCGGUUCCUCCAGCUUUGUUCCGCCGAGCUCUCCCACCUACGGGCACCCCCGUAGUCUGCGUGCCAAGGCGUCCUUUGCCGCCUGGUCUUCGUCAGUCGAGGGUGUGACACCUGCACCGCUCGUGUCGCCCUCUACAGACCAUUGCGACCCAGCCGGGGCCGCAUACCCUGCAAGGACAGCCGUAAAUGACACAAACACAUCCGCGGCCUCGUCAUCUCCGAUGUCGCCCGUGUUGAAGCUGGCCGCUGCGGCUGAGGCGGCAAUCGCAGUGCCGGACGAUGGACUAGGGAAACAGCAGCCAUGCGGGAUGCAGGCAAAGGUGCUGGUGUUGGAGGACGAGUGCGGGCCUGACAAGCUGGUUUCCCGGUCUCGGAGCUCCACCCUCGCGUGGGGGGCAGCAGCCGCGGGCUGUGCAUUAGGUGACCCCGACGAUCACCCCACGAAGGACCUCUGCGCUCGGACUAGCGCGCCGACUGCUGGGAAGGAGUCAGGGGCGAUCAGCUUUCGGCGCCUGGGGGCGGGGCCUGCUGCCCCUAGCUUUGGCCACGGCCGGAGCCUCCGUGUUUUGAUUGACGAUGCCGACUCCCGCGACCCCAAUACCAGCUCCGGCCCCGGCCCCAGCCCUAACCCUAAGGGAACACCCGCUGCCGCCCCAGCGGCAGCUCAAUCGCCGCGCAGUCACGGCUUUCCAGGCCUCAAGCUGCUCAUGAGGACAUUUUCGCGGCGAACCGAGGACGCCGGCUCCAUCUCCAGCCGCAGCAAAGCCAGCAGUCUUGCUGCCAGCGUAGCUGUCAAUGACACCAACAGCAGCAGCGGCAACGUGGCUCAGGAGGACGGCGGCGGUGUGAUCCACGUCAAGCCAGCUGCUGCCGAUCCCCCCCGCGCCAGUGGGGCCUCGCCGCCGAGCAAGUUCGGCCGGUCCUAUUCCCGACGUGCGGAUGAGAUGCCGGCGGCCCCAAGCCCCAGCAACUCACGUAGCCUGGCAGGCGGCGGCGUCGGCAGCAGCCCUGCCGCUCUUGGUGCCGGUCUCGAUGCUCCUCCGCGCAGCAUUGCCGCGCCCAACGCCAGCCUCAUGACCCGUUCCUACUCCCGACGGCCGGAGGAUGUGCCUGCGGCUCCCUGCCCCAGUCAGUCCAGAAGCCUGGCAAGCAUCAGCGGCGUGGGCGGCGGCGGCUCGGUGGUGCUUGUUCGGCCAGCUGCCGACUCACACCGUGUUGCGGCUGCUGCUUCCACGGCUGCUGCACCGAAUCCCAGCUUGCUGACACGCUCGUAUUCGCGGCGACCUGAUGACGUGCCGCCAGCUCCCUCGCCUAGGAACGCGCGAAGCCUGGCGGGGCCGGGUGCUGACAGCGGCCACGUGGUGCUCGUGCGCCCAGCUGCUACUGCGGCGGCGGCAGCAGCCUCCGAGGCGCCGCGUCAUGUGGCGAACCCUCAUCCUCCCAGCGUGUUCGCUCGCACGUUCUCCCGUCGUCCAGAGGACCUUCCUGCAGCUCCCAGCCCCAGUCAAGCCCGCAGCCUUGCCGCCAGCGGCAGCUACGAUAACGUAAGCGCGCUUGUACACGUUCGCCCGAUUGCGGCCGAGCCGCCGCUCCCCACCAGGAGUUCGGACACCCCUGCAUUCCUCAGAUCCUAUUCGCGGCGGCCAGAGGACGUCCCGGCAGCUCCCAGUCCUAGUGCCGCUCGCAGCCUGGCACCCGGUAACAGCAGCGGCGGAGCAGUUGCCGGUAGUGAUGGCGCUGGCAGCAGCGGCGCAGUUGCAGGGACUGACAGCUCCGUCAUGUUUGUCCGGCCUUCCCAACCGCCUGCCGCGGCAGCAGCAUCCCACCCGCAGCCAUUGACCUCAGAAGGUGCACCCGUGGCAAGUGCCUUUUCCAGGCGAGACAACUCCAGCAACAGCCCGCCCGGCAGCAUGAGCACCACCACCGCCACCAUGACACACACCGCCGAUGCGCCCAGCUCCCUGCGUCCAGUUGCCACCUCCCAAACCGGCACCUCUUCAGGUUCCUUUUCCCGGCGACCCGAGGACCUCCUCCCAGCCCCCAGCCCCAGCAACUCGCGCAGCUUGGCCGGGCCUACGCCCCACAGCAGCCCCAGCUGCUUCGGUGGCACGGCGUCAAGCACAGAGCAGCAGCACCACCACCCACCGCUCAUUUCACAGAUCGGUCGGUCGUCGUUGGUGGGGUUCUCCCGGCGACUCGAGGACCUACCCGCAGCUCCGGACCCCGCCAACUCCCGUAGCCUAGCAGGCGGCAACAGCAACAGCAGCAGCCGCGGUAGCGGCGGAGGUGCGGGCAACAGCAGCCCGCCAAGGAUGGGUGCUGCUGCUUCGCGCCCUGCUCUCGUAGCUGCAGGCAGUGCCCGAUUCGUGGGGUUUACGCGGCGUCUCGAGGACCUGCCGGCGGCGCCCAACCCCGGCCAGUCCCGUAGCCUGGCGGGCGGAGGUGGGAGCGGUCCGAGCACUCCGUCCAGUCCUCAGAAGCAUCCGCAGCCGCCACAGCAGCAGCAGCAGCCUUUGCAGGGCUCCUGCGAGCGGACAGCUGCUCCUCCUGUGACUAUAGCCUCCGGCUUUCCACCACCACAGCAGCAACAACAACGGCAGGGGUCAACCGCAGUCGGCUCAGCCGUCCGCAAUGCUGCAUUCUUUGACGAUGCCAUGCGUGUGCAGCCAUUCGAAGCAGAGGACGACAUGGACGACCUGCAUUGCGAUGACUUUGACGAUGACAGCUCACCGCAUGCUGUCCGGGGAAGCGCCACCACCACCAGCAUUCCCACUGCCAGCAGUAUUACUGCGGGAACAGGGGCCUCCAGUGUUCUUAGCGCCCCCACAGCUGGCACCGCCUCAGCUUUCAAGAAUGGUAGCAUCAGCAUCAGCGCCAAUAACAACAACGGCAGGGGCCGGUUCCUUACCAUCCACACCAGUACGCCCUCCCGCUGCGACAGUUCCGAUGGCGGAAGCAGCGUCAACGUCAGGAGCAGGGCGCACACAUUCCACACCACCACCGCCUCCACCACCACCGCACGUGUUCCGCACUCCCCUGCUUUGCCCAACCCCUGCGGUGCCCCCACGCGCCUCCAAGCGCCGCUCCACAGCCCCUCCUUGGCGCCUCACGCCGGCAUGGGAACCUACCGACGGCUGGAGGACUUGCCCGCCGCCCCCAACCCCAGUAACUCCCGAAGCCUGGCAGGCGGCAGCAGCGGCGCUAGCGGCGGCGGCAGCAGCACAGUAAGCACUCCAAGCUCCGGCGGUGGCGGCACCGUCCUCAGUGGCAUAAGCUCCCCAACCCCUCCCAGCAGUUGCAAAGCGGUGCUCAACAGCCCGCUAACGACUGCCGUUGCAUGUGCUGCAGCUGCUGAUACAGGCUUGGAGGACCUCCCAACGGCGCCCAACUUGAGCCAUUCGCGCUACCUGCAACCCGCCUCCCCACGCGCUGACUGCCGCGGCGCUGGUGCCAGCCCCCGGCCACAGUGGCCGCUGGUUUCAGCCCAGCAUGGCAGGUCUUCCAUGCGGUUGGGCAACACCGGCGCCAGUGCCGGCGUCGCUGUGGCUGGCGCUGGUGGGGAGGGAGGCGGGGGUAAGGUGGGAGGGGGCUGGGUGGUGAGUGAGGUGCCAACGCCGCCCACACCGCUGCCGACAACGCCAACGCCGUUGCAGUUGACGGCGCCAACUGCGCCGGCAUUGCGGGGGCUGUGAUGGGAGGUGGGAGGAAAGCGGGAGGCGUGACGACUGCUGUAUCUGCGUGGCAGCUGGAAAGCCCCGCUAAAAGACACGGCAGGUGCCCCUUAUGGGAUUGUAUAGGAUGGUCGAACAAAGGUUAGGUACAAGGAUGCUGUUAAGGAUGGUGUUGGGAUUAGCUUGUGUUGUGAAGAAGCACGAUGCGUGUGAGUCGGCAUGGCUGGGCCUUGGGGAAGGGCCGACGCAUGCCUGAAGCAAGCAUGCAAGGGGGACUUCCGAGGUGUUUUACCGCAUAUGACAUGACCGAGAGACCCAAGGAAAUUUCGCGUUCCUGAGGCUCGGGGGCGCUUGCAAGCGGUGGGAAGCGGACGGUUAGUAUGUUACGCUCGAACGCUGAAGUACUCUUAUUGUAGGCAUGUGCGAUGUUGCAACCCUGCAGGGUUUGUCUUCGCCUUGCAAAAUCUGCUGUGGGUUUACGCUAUGGCGGUAAGACCGGUGUGCUGGUGAGAAACCGGCACUGCUGGUGUGGACAUCUUAGUUGCGGUUUUACUACUUGUCUGUAGCUUUGUGUGGAGGGCGCUUGCGCUCUCAGUGUAUGGCGGCAACGGUACGCAUGAGGGCUCGUGUGGGCGUGUGUGGGCAUGAGGUGGAAGGGGCUGCAUUAUUGCGGUGCUGGUGACUUGCAUUCCACUUCUGAGCGUGGGCCUUUCCUUUCGGCAGUAUAAAUUGGCUGCGCUGUUGAAUGGCUCGUGAACGGUGCCAAUGACAACGCAUACAGGAUCAGGAACCUAAUAGCGGCUGGCGGGUUACAGUAUAUGGGUAGUCGGGUCUGACCUAUUGAAGAAGCAAAGCCCGCACUGCAUCUAGGUAUUCAUGCAUGCAUUGUCGGUUUCCAAUGAGCGGCCGAGCAGUUUGUACGUCUCCCUGCCCGGCAUCGGCGUUCUGGGCCGAACAUAAGGGUUGCGCCUUGCCUCUGUCUUGCUCGCGGCUGUGCCGCCGCAGGCCUGGCUGGCAGUUGCGCCUGGAAGCAAAUGCUUGGGAUCCCCUGUGUUGCAAGUUACCCGAGCUUCCUUUUGUUUGUUCGUGACGGAAGGACAUGAGCUUGCUACUGCUCUGCUGCGGUCGCCGCUCGCACGUAAACCCUCGGGGUGUUGUGGCUGGGUUGCUGACGUUGCGUAUUGUACUUUUAUACUCUGUUGGGACGACGUCGCUAAUAGUUUUUAAAAAUUUUACUGAGAUUCCCACACGUCAGGAGGCGCAAUCAUGAAUCAAUGAGGACAUGUCAUGUCUCCGCUGCACUCUACCUUGCGCCUCGGACUUUUGUCGCGACUCAUGUGUGCUGCUUAUUGUGCCCCGGGGCCGGUACACGGAGCAGUUGUCUGCUUCACUGUGCUGUGUACUGUGUGGGUCGCGUCGGGGACUGAUGUUAACGCAGGGAUUGUGUGUCAUGACGGGGCGUGGGGACACGCCUCCGCUGCUGCGUUGGGUUAUUGUUACCGGUACGAGGACACAAACACACACGUUCAUGUCGUACUCAUCAGCUGUCUCGUCCUGUCGUUUGUACUCAACCCGUCGUGUUGCUUUCCCCUCUCGGAGGCCGCGUGAGACACCCAUGUGGUGGUGGCGGGCAUGGCCGUGACUGCAACCAGGACCUUCCUUUGAUGGCCUUUAAGUACAGGACAAUCGCCUACGUGGCUCUUUUACUAGAAGGCUUUCUUUCAUCUUUGUCAUCCUGUCGUGUCGUACGUUUCCCGCUACUGAUGGCGGCAGCAUGCGCAGUGUGAGGUGCGGCCUGCUGUCGCUGACUUGAAUGCCGUCCGCUGUGUUUUGUGGUAAGGAAUGGGAGAACGUUUGAUGUGUUAAGGAAUGGAGGGACGUCUAUGCCAUAUGCGAUGACAAUGUGGCUGCACUGCGAUGGCUAGUACCGUAAUUGAAACUGAGGGCGGCACGGUGGUGACAUGACGUGACGUGAGCGCAACUUCCUUGUCGGCACGGCAUGGGGCGUUUGUAUGCGUGAUACUAUUGUAGUGCUGGACUGGACGCAUGCCAAUUUGAACCCUUUUGCGAUAAGAGAGGACACAUGCAAUUGGUGCAUAUGUACACAUGCGGGGGUUUUCCUGAACUGGUGUUCUUGGCCUCUGUCUUAUUUAUAUUGAUGAGCAGAGCCGCUCGAGGGGUUGGGGCAGGGCCAAUUGAGGGCUGGUAGCUUGUAGGUGGCGAACUACUAUCGGGCAUGGUUUGGACGUGCAAAUUGCGUGAAAGGGAUACAACACCAAAUGCAGAGCCAUAGCAGCGUUUCGGCUUUCGUUACCUGUACCUGCAUGCUGAAAGUUUUACAUCCUUGCCACGUGAGGCCGGUCAGCCAGAACCCCACUGGCAUGCUCAUGCUCAGAGGGUUUUGAUACAUGCAUUGAAAUUGGGGAGCUGUCGCCUGUCUUCGGUGAAAGACCGACCUGCUAACCAGUGUGUACAGCAUAUCGCACAGAGUGACGUGCGAGUCCGCUUAUGGUGCCAAUCAUAUGGAUGCCGGGGUGCCGAGCCUACCUCCAACCGCAACUUCGUCAUCCUGGACGAAGAAAUCCGUAACCUGAACUGCGUCAAUCAGCACCUCGAACAUGUAUCCAUGCUUUAAACAUCUAUUCUGUGCACAAGAGCACAACACAUCGGUUGGAACGAAGACCGGCAACGGAAUUAGUCGUGCAUGACGGACGCAGCCUUGCUGCAGCUUCAGUCGCGUUAGUGUUGCAAAAACAGCAACAGUGAUUUAGUUGACGGCCGUCCCUGCUAACAAUCAAAUGGCGCAGCGACAUCUACUAAGAGGUGCCUGCCGCGUGCUCGCGGAGACGCGUGCUUCUUUUGCCGCUUCUGCAAGCAGUAAACAUGGCAACAAUGCCUCUACGUUGCGGUCAGUGUUAGGGAAGGUGCACGGUGGCGCUGCGCCGGCUGCUGGGCUGUCCCAGGGUGCAACGCUGCGAGGUCUUCAGUUUUCAGGCAUGCCGGUGUCGGCGUUCCAGACGACCUCGCCGAUGGGCUUUGCGGCAUCAGCGCCAUCAGUUGCAGGACCUAUCUCCGUGCUGGGCUCUGUUGCACAGCACCGUGGAGUGUCGUCAACGGAGCUAGCUGAGGAGGCUGAUGGCGAGGAUGCAGAUCCAACCUAUUUGCGGCGUGUCGACCUGCAGAACUCUCUAAGACCUUCCGCUGGCGAGGACGAACCUCCAGACUUAAUGGGCUUGCUGGCGGGUGGAUCCAGGGAGGCAGAGGACCCCCGUCGCCAACCGGGUCCCGGCGGUCCGCGGGGGCCCCGGCGCGAGGAGAACCCGGAUGCUGCCGCGUUUGAGCUGCUGGCGGCCGCCCGGGAGACAUUCACCAGGCGCCCCGACGCCCCUCACGGCGGCCCGCUGCCCCCGCUGCCUCGCGAGCUGCGUGAGGCCAUGUUCGGUCACCGCUGGGAGCGCGUGCUGGUGGACGUGCGGCGGGCGGUGCUGCGGCCGCCCGGGGAGGGCAAGGUGGAGCAGUACACGGCCAUGGUGGCGAGUGGGAACAUGGCGGGCCUGCUGGGUCUGGGUCUGGGCACCGCCGAGACGGCCCAGCUGGCGAUGGCUCGCGCGCACCUGGACAGCCUGACCCGCCUCACCGCCGUGCCGCUGUACCGGGGGCACACCGUGUUCCACCAGCUGGACCACGAGUACCACCACAUGAAGAUCCGCAUCCAGCCUCGCCCCGAGGGCUGGGGCCUGUGCUGCUCCGACCUGAUGUACGAGCUGUGCAACGUGGUGGGCAUCCGCAACAUCUCCAUCAAGAUCCGGGGCCGCCGAGUCAACAAGUUCUUUGUGGCACAGUGCUUCCAGGAGGCGCUCCUGAAGCAGACCACCCCGCACGACGGUGUGGAGGCCACCGGCAUGUACGUGCGGGAGGUGUACCACAAGAAGCACCUGCCGUGGGGGCUCAAGCGGGGGGUGGACGUCCCGUGAUGAGCUGCGCAGCGCCGCGUGGUGUGGUGUGGUGUGGUGUCGCUGUGUUGAGAGUGGGGCUGGCUUUGGUGUUAAGGACGGUGGGGCCAGGGUGGCAUGAGGGCGCGAGGCCGAGGUGUGGACAUGGGGAGGGAGCGGGGCCGGGAGCGAUGCGUGUGCUGCUUUGCAUGGAGUCGGCGAAGCUGCAGUGGGCUUGGACAUGCCGCGAUGGUUGGACAGGUGCGUCACGAGGCGAGGGUGGAUACUGCCGACUCACGGGCGGUGCGUGCGGUGCGUUGGGGGUCCCUAGUCUGGUAAAUGGUGGGAUGUGGCUUAUUGAUUUGUGGUUUAUGGCUUUUAGGGUAGUGAUGGGGCGACGUGGGCGCCGGAGGUGGGUGUGACACAAUAGGACAGAGUGUGGUGUGUGGUAUAGGCACUUGAAUGGGACGUACGGAUAUGCAAGAGUGGUGGUAGGGCGUAGGCCUCGACAUUUACACACACGUCAUUGUUUAGUCGCCACGUGUGCGGCUUCCUCGUUUCGAAUCAACCGUGCAUGCAGCAUGAAAGCCAUCGUGACCCACG